UACUCCAUGUCAGAUUCCAACACAACCGACUUCACCAACCCCUCCAACUUCAUCCUGAUGGGCAUUCCUGGCCUAGAGAUAGCCCAUGUCUGGAUCUCCAUCGCCUUCUGCACCAUGUAUGCCAUAGCCAUCUUGGGGAACUUCACCAUCCUGUUCAUUGUGAAGAUAGAACCUAGCCUCCAUGAGCCCAUGUACUAUUUCCUCUGCAUGCUGGCUGUCUCUGACCUGGUCCUGUCUACAUCCACCCUGCCCAAAACGCUGAGCAUCUUCUGGUUCAAUUCCAGGGAAAUCGAUUUCAAUGCCUGCCUCACCCAGAUGUACUUCAUUCACUGCUUCUUAACAAUGGAGUCUCGGAUUUUUGUGGCCAUGUCUUUUGAUCGCUACGUGGCCAUCUGCCAUCCCCUGAGACAUUCCACCAUCCUGACAAACCCUGUGGUGGCCAAGAUCAGCCUGACCGUGGUGCUGCGUGGUUGUGUGCUCGUACUGCCCACUCCCUUCCUGGCGAGGCAGUGGCCAUAUUGCAGAACCAACAUCAUUCCCCACACAUAUUGUGAGCACAUAGCUGUGGUGAAGCUGGCCUGCAACGAUACCCGCGUCAGUAGUUACUACGGCCUCUUUGUGGUAUUCUUUGUGACUGGUCUGGAUAUGGUUUUUAUUGCUGUGUCCUAUACCCAGAUCCUCAGGGCCAUCUUCAGCCUCCCCACAAAGGACACCCGGCUUAAGACUUUUGGGACCUGCGGCUCCCACCUCUGUGUCAUCUUAGCCUUUUACAUCCCAGGUCUAUUCUCCUUCCUCACGCAGCGGUUUGGCCACAAUGUGGCCCUCCAUUUCCAUGUUCUCAUGGCCAACAUAUACCUCCUGGUGCCCCCCAUGCUAAACCCCAUCAUCUAUGGAGUGAGAACCAGACAGAUCCGGGACAGGCUGCUCCGUCUCUUUCCUCAUAAAAGGACCUAA